UUCCAGGACAGCCUCCAAAACAAUACAGAGAAACCCUGACUCAUAAAACAAACAAACAAAAAAAGAUGGGGACUGGCACAGUGGCUUGAUGGGUAAAGGAGCAUGCUACUGAGCCUGAAUAUCUGAGUUUAGUCCCCAGAGCCCAUAUAGUAGCGUGAAAAAAUGAACUCGGCAAGGAGUCCAGUGACCUCUGUACACUUGAGUGUGUGCACACAUACAUAAACUGAGAUCAAUAAAUGGAGUUUUUUAAAGAAUUAAAAGAGAUGGGCCAUGGUCGUGCACACUUUUAAUCCCAAGCACUGGGGAAGCAGAGGGCAGGCAGCUCUCUGCUAGUCUGAGGCCAGCUGAUCUAUAGAGCGAGUUCCAGGACAGCCAGGGCUGUGCAGAGACCUGUUUCAGUGCCACCCACCACCAAAAAAAGAAUGAAAAGGGAUCCUGGAGAGAAUGUUGGGUGGUUUACAGCACUUGUUGCUCUUACAGAGGACCUGGGUUUGGUUCCAGUAUCCAUGUGAUGGUUUGCAACCAUCUGUUAGCUGUAGCUAACCCUAACCCUAACCCUAACCCUAACCCUAACCCUAACCCUAACCCUAAGCUUCAGUUCCAAUGGAUCUGAUACCGUUUGACCUCCAUAGGCACUAGGCACACACACGGUGCAUCUGCAUACAUGCUGGCAAAUGCUCAGACACAUAAAAUAAAUAUAUCAAAAAUAAAGAGAAAGGAAGAAAAGAAAAAGAACUAAAAAUACCAGGAUAAACUCUAAAUCUAAAUUCAAUGGGUGUGUGUGUGUGUGUGUGUGUGUGUGUGUGUGUGUGUGUGUGUGUGUGUGUGUUUUGAAUCAGGGUCUUACUGUUAUAGGCUGGUCUGUAACUCACAGUGUAGACCUGGGAUUAAAGGUGUGCACCACCAUAGCGGGCAAUUUUGCUGUAUUAUUAACAGUUCCACAUAUUAAUUAUUUUUGUGUCAUGCCAGGGUUUUAAGCUAUGACCUCACAUAUGGUAAGCUUAUGCUCUGUCACUCAGCUAUGCCUCCAGCUCAAUGUCUUCUAAUAUCCAUUCCAUAUUCAUAUUUCUCCAGUUCUAAAAAUACCCUUUCCUUUUAUCCCUGCCCCUCAAAUACUCUUUCAUGAUAGAAAGCUUUAUUUCCUGGCGCUGCUCACUCUGCUUACUUUGGCGUAAUAGUCUCUUAGUUUGCAGAUUGCUCUCGUGUGUCCCAACAGCAUUAUCCUGUGAAAGGUCCCAGCCUAUUGUGAAGUCUAACUUCUGCAUUUGCUUGAUUUUUCUUUCGGGGUGUAGCCCACCCAGCUUUGAGACGGGGUUCUACUCUGCAGAACUAGCUGGCCUGGAGCUCACUAUGUGGACCAGAUAGCCUUCAUCAGAAAGGAUGGAGCUGGGAAACGGGAAACUCCUUAGGACCGGACUGAACUCCCUGAAUCAGGCAGUGCAUCCAGCCCACGGCCUGGCCUGGACUGAUGGCAGUCGGGUAGUCCUGACUGAUUUACAGCUACGUAGUGGAGAGGCCACGUUUGGGGACUCCCAAGUCAUUGGGAGAUUUGAAUAUGUCUGUGGGGUUUCCUGGGCCCCACUUAGCACAGCUCACAUACCCACGCUGCUUGCCAUCCAGCACAAGAAGCAUGUUGCUGUGUGGCAGCUGUGUCCCAGCACUUCGGGAUCGAGCAAAUGGCUGCUGUCUCAGACCUCAGAAAUUAGAGAGUCACUUCCUAUCCUGCCUCAGGGCUGCGUGUGGCACCCAACAGAUGCCAUUCUGACUGUGUUGACGGCACAGGAUGCUUCCAUUUUUCCUAAUAUUCACCGCGACAGUUCCAGAAUAAAAGUAGACAUCAGUACCAAGGGCCGCAUUUACUGCGCAUGUUGGACCCUGGAUGGCCAGAGGCUGGUGGUGGCCAUAGACAGCAGCCUUCAUUCGUAUAUGUGGGACAGUUCUCAGAAGUCUCUUCUCAGCUGCUCCUUCUGCCCAGUGUUCCACGUGAACCGCUCCAUCCGCUCCAUCACGGCCACUGUGGAUUCACAGGUCGCUAUAGCCACCGAGCUCCCACUCCAUAAGCUUUGCAGCUUAAAUGCCUCGGAAGCCUUUGAUGAUCCACCUGAUGGGAACCAUGCUGGUGUAGGAACUCUUCCUGGGGGUGAAACGCCCUCUGGGGAGCUGAAUUCUGGAGUGACAGUUUCUCCCUCUUCAGAUCCUCUGGAUCUGACUCACAUACAUUUUAACCAAUGUCAAGCUGGGGAAGGUUCUCUUAUCCGUGUAAGUAAAAAGGACUACUUGACAGGAACUGGUCAGGAUUCUUCACAUUUGGUCCUGGUAACCUUUAAGAAAGCAAUCACCAUGACAAAAAAGGUUGCCAUACCGGGCAUUCUGGUUCCUGAUUUAAUAGCAUUUAACCUGAAAGCACAGCUAGUGGCCUUGGCUUCCAAUACAUGUAACAUCAUCCUGAUCUAUUCAGUCCUUCCAUCUUCCAUGCCAAACAUCCAGCAGAUCCAGUUAGAGAGUAACGAAAGACCAAAAGGCAUAUGUUUCUUGACAGACAGAUUAUUAUUAAUUUCUGUAGGGAAACCAAAGCCCACCGAGACAGCGUUCCUUCCUUCCUCGGAGUCUGAUCAGUACGCCGUCCGCCUGGUAGUUAGAGAAAUACCAUUGGCAAGAGAAGCUUCUGGAAUGCCCGCUGAAAGUCAGGAUACUUACUCUGUCUUCAACACCCUAUUGAAUAAAGCGGACAGAGAAAAGUUCCUUGAGAACAUUUCCCCGGGGUGGAGUCCCCUAAGCCAAGGACUCUUGCUAACAGAUGAUGCCAGUAUUCUGAGUGGGAGGUCCGGAAGAGCCCUUAUUCAAGAGAUUAAAAGUCCCUUGCCCCCUCCUUCCAGUGCCUCCAUUGUACAGGAAACCCCUCACAGGCCCUCCUGGCUUUGGCCAGCAUUGCCUAGACUCAGCGGGACAGCAGACCACACCAACACCCCAGAGCCUGAUUUACCUCAAAGGGAGAACUUACAACAAGAUAAGGAAACUUGCACACUCUCCAGGGAGCUGGACAUCUUAUCCAGGCAUCUGGUUGGGAUGCAGCAGUGUCUUCUUGAACUCAGGGAUUUUCUUCACAAGGAGAAGCAGUGCUCCCCAGUGUACCCACUCUCUCAGGAUCCCCCCUGUGUUCACCUCAUUUACCAGAAACCUCCUCCUGCAGGUCCUGUGGAAAAAAGAGCCGUGCUUCUCUGUGAUGGCAAACUAAGGCUCAGCACAGUUCAGCAGAUGUUCGGCCUCUACCUCGUUGAAAUGCUUCACGAUUCCCACUGGAUACUCCUCUCUGCCGACAGCCAAGGUUUCAUCCCAUUAACUUUCACAGCCUCCCAGGCAGUAGUGGUAAGAGAUGGCAGCCUGUCCAAGCCAGAGGUGGCUAGGGAGUCUCUUUCUCACCAUCGGAAUCCCAUUCCUCCACCUGGAGUCUUUGGAGACCUGGCCUCCCAGAAUGUGGAUACAGCUGGCUCCUUCAACAGCGUGACCUGAUGGCUGUUUUGCAGAGAGCAUGCCCCAACGGCUUCCCUGUGGGGUGUGUGCUGCUGGGCAGCAGGGCAAGGGGUUGCUUAUGUAUUCAUGACUGUGCCACGUGAAGAGAGAAUUCCAAGAACAAAACAAUACUGUGUUGCCAUAUGGAUUGUACUUUGCGAUGUGUCCAAGGCCUUGCUUUCUCCAGCCGGAAGCUGUGUUAACACUGCCUUUGAGUCCAUCACAGGCUACCUUGGGGGAGUGGUUGGCCUUUUUCCUGCCAGGGAGCCUGUGCCUUUUCAUCCAUUGCCCGGGCAGCAGGACACUGGUGUGAAGGAAUUCCGAGAGCCCGCUCUGCCCUCAGGACUGCCUGAAUGGGGAGGAAUUUCAGAGGAUGGCCUCUCUCCUCAGAUUUAAACCAGUCCUUGUGAUUCUGUAAACAAUUCUACCUGACUGAGAUCCAGGUACUGCAAAAAAGUGCUCUCGGCAAAUUUUAAAUAAAAUUUCAAGAUUUGACCCUC